AAACGUACAGGAGAACAUGCGAAGGAGACGCAUUCCUCCACGGGAGGAUGCAGUCUGUCAUGUUUCUGCUGGAAGGGACAAACUGGGACUUGAUAUCCACUACAUAAAUGCCUUCAAAGGUCGGGGCAUUUUCACGACUGUUCCAUUCCAAAAAGGAGACUUCCUUUUGGAAUACAGAGGUAAACUCAUAACAAAAGAAGAAUGUGAGCGGAGACACAGAGUUUAUCAUGACAGCCUGAAGGUGUUCAUGUUUGAAUUCAAGUUUGAUGGAAAACUCUGGUGUGUGGAUGCAUCUCAAGAAGAUGGGUCAUUAGGCAGACUUGUCAACGACAACCACAUCAGUCCAAGUGCUAAGAUGAAAAUAUUAAAUAUCAAUGGAAAGCCCCAUCUAUGCUUAUUUGCAAGCAGAGACAUAAGUCCAGGCGAAGAAAUAGACUAUAAUUAUGGUGACUCGGAUUGGCCCUGGAGAUGCAAGACUGAGACCAGCCAGAUUCAGAAGACUGUGAGCUGCCUAAAGCCGCAACCAAACAGCAUUCCAAACAAUGAUCUGGACCUGAAACAUCCAGAGCCUGAAAGGGUAAAUAUAAUCCAGUGUACCACUUAA